AUGGCUUCUCAAUCCAAUGCCAUCUUCUCUCUGCUCACCACUACUACUAUCCUCCUCCUCCUCCUCCUUCCUUUCAAUCUUAAUUCAUCCCUAGCAUCCUCUUCUUCUUCCGAGCAUUACAUCAUCUUCAUGGACUCUGCCGCAAUGCCAAAAGUCUUCUCAACCAAACACCACUGGCACCUGGCCAUUCUAUCCUCCCUGACUGCCGCCGGCGGCACCCCUGCUUCCUCCAAGCUGAUUCACAGCUACUCCCACGUCAUCGACGGGUUUAGCUGUACCCUGACAAGCUCGGAGCUGGACGCCCUGCGGAAUUCCGACGGGUACCUCCACUCCAUCAAGGACGUCCCGGUCAAGCCCUACACUACUCACUCCGUCGAGUUCCUGGGCCUCCGCGGCGGCGGUGGUUGCUCUGCCUCUGCAGCGUGGGAGGCGUCGAACUACGGCGAGGGCAUGAUCAUCGGGCUGAUUGACACCGGGGUGUGGCCCGAGAGCCGGAGCUUCGGCGACCACGGGAUGGGCCCUGUGCCGGCGAGAUGGAGAGGCGAAUGCGCCCAAUUCAACGCUUCCUUGUGCAACAAGAAACUCAUCGGCGCCCGAUCCUUCCACCUCCAGGGGGGAACGAACUCCUCCGCGCGCGACGACACCGGGCACGGCACCCACACCGCCAGCACCGCCGCGGGGAAUUUCGUCGCCGGCGCGUCCUUCUUCGGCUACGGCCCUGGGACGGCCAAGGGAGUGGCUCCUCGAGCCCAUGUGGCAAUGUACAAGGUCCUUCAAGCAGACGAAGGUUUCGCCUCGGACACCGUGAAGGCCAUCGAUCAGGCGAUCGAGGAUGGCGUGGACGUCCUGUCCAUGUCGGUAGGCCCGGGCUCGGACGACAUCGUCACUUCACUGUACGACGACCCGGUCGCGAUCGCGACGUUUGCAGCGAUGGAGAAGAACGUCUUCGUCUCAAUGGCUGGAGGGAACUACGGCCCGGAUCCCAAGACGCUCGGCAACAGCAGCCCUUGGACGCUGGUGGUCGCGGCGGGGUCGACCGAUCGCGAAUUCAGAGCAGAGCUCCAUCUCGGGAACAGAGGAGUCUCUGUUUCCGGGCUGUCCCUUUACCCCGGAAGCUACGUUUCGGCCCAAGCUCCGAUCGUGUUCAUGGGCGAUUGCCUGAACACCACGACGGGCGAAUCGUUGAAGGAUAAAAUCGUUGUCUGCCAAGAGAAGAACCAGACGCUCGGUCUCGGAUACCAGCUGUCCAACCUCCUGAAUUCCAGCGCGGCCGGAGCCGUUUUCAUAGUCGGCGCCGAAUCGCUGAAAUCCUACGUCGAACGCCUAAACAUGCAGACUUGGUUGCCGGCGGUGUUCAUGACGUUGGAGGAAGGUGGGGAGGAGGUCAAGAAGUACAUCAAUUGCAGCAGCAAGAACGAACCACGAGUAGCGAGGUUGAGGUUCGGAAUCACGAACCUCGACGGGAGGCCGGCGCCAAUGGUUGCCGGCUACAGCUCCAGAGGCCCAUCGCCGGCCUCCCCGUAUGUGCUGAAGCCGGACAUCAUGGGCCCCGGAUCCUUGAUCUUAGCCGCGUGGCCUCCCACCGUCGAAGUCGCUACGGUGACGGACUCGAACCCUCCUUUCUACUCUACUCUGUACUCCGACUACAAAAUAGAGUCGGGGACAUCCAUGGCCUGCCCGCAUCUGGCGGGAGUAGCCGCGCUUGUCAAGAAGGCGCACCCCGAUUGGAGCCCUGCUGCCAUCCGAUCGGCGAUGAUGACGACGGCCGACGCAUUGGACCUGUCCGACGAACCAAUCAAGGACUUCGGCACCCUAGGCAAAACUGCAGCCACCGGCUUGGACAUGGGAGCCGGCCAGGUGAAUACAAACAAAGCGGUGGACCCCGGCCUGGUGUACGACCUGCACGCAUCGGACUACGUCAGCCUGCUCUGUGCGAUGAACUUCACCAAGAAUCAAAUCAAGGCAUUCACACGCUCAUCAUCCGCCGCCGACUGCUCCAACCCGUCGCUCGACCUGAACUACCCUUCGUUCAUCGCGUUGUUCGCGAAGAAGAAUUACUCCACUAGCUGUCAGCCGAGCAAUCUGCAGGUUGCGGAGUUCCAUAGGACGCUGACGAAUGUUGGUGAAGCGACGGCCUGCUACAGAGCGGUUGUGACGCCGUUGAAAAGGUUCGUAACCAGAGUGGUGCCGGAGAAGCUGGAGUUCAAACAUAAAGGAGAGAAGCUCGGGUACAAGCUUGUCCUGGAAAGAGUUGAGGAGGAGGAGUCGCCGCCGGCGGACGAAGAAGAAGAAUUUGUUGCCUCCGGUUAUCUGAAGUGGGUUGAAGUUGGGGGUACUCAUGUGGUGCAGAGCCCCAUCGUCGCCACGAAUAGCAAAUUUGAGCUAUAA